UUCAGUCUGACUCUUCACUAAAUGUCAGUUGGAUUUUGCGGUUUGCGGUAGUAGGUGAUCUUUUGGUGGAUUUUCCGUGUUUUCUCUAAUCAUUUUCGCACUUUCACCAUUUUUUAAAAUGUUUAUAUUAUUUUGAAUAACUGAAACUCGUUACAAUUUUUUUUAAAGUCGGCGUAUGUUAUUCGAAUACAUUUUUUUGGAAUAUAGUUGUUUAUAGUCAAAGACAGGCAGUGUGUUUUUUGGACCGAUUGGUUUUUGUGAGGAAAUUUGUACCAGUUUUGGCGCAAGUUUAUUUGAAUCUACAACAAAUGGUGUAAAAGGCAAAUAUGGCAGCAGCUACAACAGUUUUGGUUGAAGACCUUUAGUGCGGACAAUGGGACAUUUUCAUAGAGCUCCUUCUUUACAUACUUUCCAGAAACAGAACUCGAGUCGCGCGCUCGCGCACCGCAUGCGUUGAUGGGCGCAGCAGCGGGCGGCGGGCGGGCGGCGCGGGCGCUCCGCCUGCUGCUACUGCUGGUGCUGGCGCUCGCCGCGGUCGAGUACUUAUUCGGAUCAAUCCUCGACGCUUCGCCACUCCGAACCUACCUCUACACACCACUGCAUAACGCAACGCAAUCCACUCUCAGGACUAGUGAUAAAACAUCGCAAGUUUGGCCUAAAAAACUAACUCCAUCUGCUACGAUAGAGAACUCUUUGAAGAAUUCUUCCCAGAAAGUCGCCUUUUCUAACAGUACGAACAAAAACAAUUCAAGCAGAGAUAUAUCGAAUAUGACGCGCCAAAAUGUAUCAGAAGAUUUUAGUACACCGCUCUUGAUUACUAAAAUAAUGGAAGGAAUAAAAAAUCUGGUCACGACAGAAGAUGGCGAACUCAAAGUCUCUGAGCCUUCUUUGCCUCUUUGUGAUGAAAUGCCGUCUGAUUUGGGUCCAAUAUCAGUAAACAAGACUGAGAUAGAACUUGAUUGGGUCGAAAAAAGAUAUCCCGAAGUACAAGUCGGUGGAUAUUACUCGCCACCGAACUGCACAGCUCGACACAAAGUCGCUAUUAUUGUCCCUUACAGAGAUCGCCAGCAACAUUUGGCGAUAUUCCUGAACCACAUGCAUCCGUUUCUGAUGAAGCAGCAAAUCGAAUACGGCAUAUUUAUCAUCGAACAGGAAGGAACAAGCGACUUCAAUCGUGCCAAGCUAAUGAACGUUGGGUUCGUGGAGAGUCAAAAGCAAAAGCCGGGUGGUUGGCAAUGCUUCAUCUUCCACGAUAUAGACCUGCUGCCUCUUGACUCUAGAAAUCUGUAUUCCUGUCCACGACAGCCUAGGCAUAUGUCCGCUUCUAUUGAUAAAUUAAAGUUUAAGUUACCAUAUGAGGAUAUUUUCGGCGGUGUCUCUGCCAUGACUCUGGAGCAAUUCACUAAAGUGAACGGUUUCUCGAAUAAGUACUGGGGCUGGGGUGGGGAGGACGACGAUAUGUUUUAUAGGAUAAAAAAGAUGAAUUACCACAUAGCAAGGUACAAGAUGUCAAUUGCGCGCUACGCCAUGUUAGACCAUAAGAAAUCCGCACCAAAUCCUAAAAGGUACCAACUCCUGUCGCAGACUAGUAAGACAUUCCAGAAGGAUGGUCUCUCGACACUCGAGUAUGAGUUAGUGCGCGUCACGCGGCGCCACCUCUACACGCAUGUCGUGACCAACAUCGACGAACGCAGCUGACGGACGUAUCUCGCCAAACUACUGUUUGGCGAUAGGUAACACCCAUACGACUUUCGAAAUAGCUGCAGAUUUAUAUAACACUUAUUAUUUAUGUGUCAUUUAUUUUAAGACUAAUCGAAUAUUAUUAUUUUUUUUAUUCUAUUAUUUUUAUAAAUAUUUAACAAUAGAUAAUAACAACUUUAAUCGAUUUAAGCUAAUCUAUUCGAUUAUUUUGCAUUUUUAUCAUUCGAUUGAAUUAUAUGAAGUAUUUUACUAUUGUUGAUUUGUUUUGAUAAAAUUUGCAGAUAUGUCGGAAUAAUCUUAUAAUCGUAUGUGGUUACCCAGAGUUGUUAUAAUCUUGCAAAUGAAUCGAUUACUAAUUAUAAAUGUUCCUUCGACGUCUAGUGAAAAGUUUGACACUUAGAAAAUAUUCCGUAAGCUAUUGUAAGAUUAUUUUCUCUUUUUUUUUAAUCAUCUUCCCGUAAAAUAAAUGUUGAAGGAUCAAAUUCGAAAACAUGUUAUUAGUAUAAUAAGUAGAUAGGUACCUUGUAUUCUUAUAAUAUCACGUUUGAGCAACUGUGAUCAACUUUCGGAUUUUUUUUCUUUUUUAACAUAAGCAAUGAAAUAAUUAGAGUCUGCCACCUUUUCAUGAGUUUUACUUAUACAAUUAUAAAAAUUGGAAAUAUGGUAUUGAAAGUGUAUACCCAAGUAUCAAGUUGCUCGAACGUAAAAAAAAUCUUGUUAGCUAAGUAAAUAAUAUACUAUGAUGUAAUCAAAGUAAACACGACUUCACAAUAUACAUAAUAUAUUCGUGUAAUUUUAAAGAUCACUAGUCUUUUGUUCACGUGUUUAUAUUUUUAGGAUUUAAAUAUUUUGGCUCAGGACAAUAAACAAUUUAACAAUUUUCAGUUUUACGUAACGUAUCGAUUUAUAUAUCAAUUAAUGUAUAAAUAAUUGUCGAUAAAAAUACAAAUUAAGACAAUACCGAUGAAUAUUUAGGGUAUUACCAACUUUUUACCAAUAAAGAGAAAAUGAUAAUCUCUAUUUUAUCGAUAUUUAGGGUCAUCACUAACCAUAAUUUAAAAAUGAGGAUAAAAAGAAACCGCUUAUUAUCGCUAUUAUUAACAUAUUUGCAAUUUUAUAUCUAGUUGUAUUAAAUAUCAUCUUUUUUUAAAAAAAAAUAAAUGUUUUAUUGGUCUUUGUCAAGACCUAAAUUUUGAUAAAAUCGAGAUUGUACUCCAAUUGUAAUAAUAACGAUACAAUGUAAAAAACGGACACUUAGCAAUCUUCGUAAUGUAUCUAUAAUCAUAAGAAUAGUUAAUUGCCAUUCGCGGCCUAAAAGUAACAAGAAGUGGAUUGUGAUGUUUUAUGUUCUUUUUCCUGUUACACAAUUGCAUCAUCAUCAUUAUGAACACGAUAAUUUUAAUAAUCAUAUCACUCAUAGACUUGUAACAACAUACAUUUUGAUUACGUCGACAAAACAGGGACCUUCGAAACGAAUUAACGAAAACUGUUUAAGCGCACCAUUCACCUAAUGGUAUUACAUUGUGUUAAAUAGACGCUAUUACGAAACUCAAUUUCUUACAACAUAUAACACUCCUAUUACAACAUAUAACAUUAAAUUUUGAAAAAAUCAUCAUAAUCAUCAUCAAGAAUAAAAAAAUUGUGAUACAUGCAACUUGAAUCUCUUGCAUACGAUCUAAAUUUCACUGUGUACUAGGCUAAACAUUUAAAACGACGCCUCUUAUAUACAUAAUAAUUUUAAUUGUAUUUAUUAUCUACAUAUAUCAUUCUUACAAAACAUUUUGACUUUACUUUUAUUUAUAUAACUAAAGGUUGAAACGAGCACGAGGCAUAAUCGUCAUUUAUUACAAUUUAUUGUGAUUUUUGUCCAUCUGCAGGCCCAUCCGUAUCAGCAUAUAGCCCUAAAAAUUAUAUUUUGUAUUACUUCAUUCAGCCUUAAAAAGAGAGCGAGCGAGUGUAACUACUUGUAUAAAAUACGGCGUAAGAAGUGACCUAUAUUGUAAUGUGUAUGCGAGUAACUUUGACAACAAUCCUCUUAAAAUAAAAAAUAAAAACUUCUUAAAAUUUAUAAUUUUUAUCUAUGCUGGAAUUAUUGAUAUCUUUAUUAGAUUUGACAGUUGGAGAUUUUUUGAAUAAAAAAUCAAAUUAGCCUAAACAUAUCGAAUAAUACGUCAAUAUCUUAUAACAAAGCCAAAUAUAUAUAUUUUUUUUUUAUAAACUGUCAAAAACUGUCCUGUCAAGUUAUGUCAAAUGUGGUUCUUUUUUAAUCUAAGUGUAUAUUAGUGUACUUAUUAUAAUUAGAUAUUUAAGAUUAAAAUGUAAAUAGUUCCAUGUUAAAUAGACUUAGGCAAAUCAUUUUUGCUGAUAACUAAAUAUAAAUGACUUCUGUAUCUAAGUAUCCCUUAACUGCAGUUUAAUUUUAUGAUCUAAGUCGAAUCGUUAUUAUUGUGAUAAAAGUGAGAUUGUAACGGUAUUUUAGUAGCAUGCUUAUUCAUUAAAUUUUAGUUUUAAGGGGCUUUUAAAUGUGAUACGAAAUUAUAUGGAAUUAAUGUAAUAAUUAACCAUUGAUAGAAGACCAUGCGUCGCCGUGUUAAUCUGUUCUACCUGACAACUAGUGGUGUUGUCGACAUAAAUGUUAUGCUGAUUGACAGCGCAGCAAAUAAAGCGCAGCGCAGCGGUGAAAGUGCAUGUACAAUUAAUGUAAAGAAAAAAGUGGCGAUACCACCGACAUUUCACGUUACACCGAUUCUAAUAUAACAUCACACCCACUUAGCUCUAACAAAAUUAACACAGACAUAGAUUAUGGGCUUCGAUUAAAAGAGACAAACGAUCGCUUUGUUUCUUUCAAAAUUUCAGCCCGUAUUUAAUUGAUAGUUUCAUGGGGCACGUACGUCCUUUCCAUUUAUUUAUCUAUGACCGUUAUUAAUUUAACAAUUUAAACUUUUAUAAAGAUUCAAAAUUGUGCCGUUGUUUUUUAUAAUUUUUUUUUUUAAUCAUAUUGGCCAAAACCUUAGAAUUUGCAACCGAACAGUCUCCUACAUGAUCAACUGGCACAGAUAAACGCCAUAAAAAUAUUUAAAAAGAUCCGAUCAAGUUUCAAAUUAUCUCUUUAUACUUUUCUAUCAAUGGUUGGUUCUUCACGUAGGCCUAUAUAUAUGUAUGAUUAUUCAUUUUUGUAUAAUUCCAUAACUGAAAUGCUUUUAAUAUGCUUUUAUAGAAAUUAUAUUUUGUACAAUUAAACUUGUUCUAGUGAUUAUAAUCAUUAUAUUUAACUAUGUUUGUGAAAUCAUAAAAUUAAAAUAUAAAACUGCUUUAGUUGGUAUUAAAUAUAUUUUUUAAUAAAAAAAUCUAUGUAAUAAAAAAUAUUCAUUUUUAGUGUAAUCUGGAAAAUACGCAAUGUUUGCUAUUUAGAUAAGUAGUAUGGCGUCCAAAAAUAUUAUUUUUUUAAAAGCUUUAUCUACAAAUUUAUUUAGAAUUUUCAUCAUGAUCUGAUAUCGUUAUCAAAACCAACAACAGCUUUGAAAAAAGGCUAUUAACCACAUGUCGGUUUUAAUAAAACGUAAUGAAUGGACAAAUUUAAAUUAUACAUAUAUUGAAUCUAUUAUUUUGUAUUAAUUAAAUUGCAUUGCAAAAUUUUUUAUAAUUACAUUUUUAAUGCACUUUUAUGUUCGAAUUAUAGAAAGUAUUUGUUUUAAACAUUUAAAUAAAUAGUCCAUUUAUUUGUUAUUGUAUUACUACCAUAAAAUACCAUUUUGGGUCGUAAAAAUGGAAUACUAAAACUAUGUUGUUGUUCCUUUUUCAAAUUAAAAAAAAAACGCUUUAGAAUAUCUUUUCACUGUAGAUAUAUUGAAAUAACAUUUUAUACAUGCAAAUUAAUAACUAAGUCUUAAUUGUACAGACUUCGCUUAGCCAUCCAAAUGUAAUGUAGAAAAAGUAUAGACUUUUUAGAUAGAUUUGAGUUACUUAAAAUAUAAUGACGCAUUAAUUUCGUAUAGUAUUUGUUUUUUUUUUAUAAAUAUAUUGUUUGUUUUCAGAUAAAA